GGUUUGCAGGCGGAGGGGGAGGCAGACUCAUGAUGAAGAGCUACAUCAUCAUUCAGGCCUGCUGUGCAGCUUUCCACAGGUGUGGACUGGACGCCCGGCUGUGUGAGACGGUGAGCUGUGCUUGUGGCCAGACGAGACGAGACCUUUAAGUACAUACCUUAGGAUUUCUCGGUCACGUGACUCGGUCUCUACAACCUGCCUUCUCCCAGCCGGCCGGCCGCUCUCGCCAUUGAAAAAAAAAAAAGGAUGGCAGAGGCUCCCAUGUCAUGUGAUUGUUUUGUUUCCUUGCCCCCCGGUUCUCGCGAUGACCAUGUGAUUUUUGGGAAGAACUCCGACCGUCCCCGGGAUGAGGUGCAGGAGGUGGUCCACUACCCCGCAGCGUCUCACCCUCCAGGCUCCAUGCUGGAGUGCACAUACAUCCAGAUCCCUCAGGUAGAGCACACUCACGCUGUCAUCCUCAGCAAGCCUGCCUGGAUGUGGGGCGCCGAAAUGGGAGCCAAUGAUCAGGGAGUGUGUAUUGGGAAUGAGGCUGUCUGGACCCGAGAGCCCGUUGCCCCCGGAGAGGCCCUGCUGGGAAUGGACCUUGUUCGACUGGGGUUGGAGCGUGGUGACAGUGCCUGGGCAGCGCUGACUGUGAUCACUGGCCUCUUGGAGCAGCAUGGCCAGGGGGGGCAGUGCCGGGAGGAUCCCGCACCCUUCAGCUACCACAACACCUUCCUCCUGGUGGACCGCAAUGAGGCCUGGGUCCUGGAAACCGCUGGAAGGCUGUGGGUGGCGCAGAAGGUCACUGAGGGUGUGAAGAACAUCUCCAACCAGCUGACUAUCUGUACUGAGGUCUCCGCAGAGCACCCGGAGCUGCGGAGUGUGGCCCAGGCUCAGGGCUGGUGGGACGGCGAAGGAGAGUUCAACUUCUCUCAGGUGUUCAGCCCCGAGAACCCACCUGCCAGGAUGGAGCUGGCCAAACAGCGCUACAAGGGAGGCACACAGCUACUCCAGCAGCAUGACGGCUCAGUGACGGCAGAGGUGAUGAUGUCCAUUCUGAGGGACAAGCCCAGUGGCAUCUGCAUGGACUCUGGAGGUUUCUGCACCACAGGCAGCAUGGUGUCUGUCCUGCCCAGAGACACCAGCCUGCCCUGCAUCCACUUCUUCACUGCCACCCCAGACCCCUCCAGGUCUGUAUUCAAGCCUUUUAUCUUCUCGGACUGUUCCACCCCAGUGCUGCGGGUGAUCGCCCCACAGUUCGGCCCAGACGACCCUGUCAGGAAGCAGCCUCGCUUUCAGAGCCAGGUGGACCGCAGACAUGACCUGUACAAGGCCCACCAGGUGGCGCUCAACACCAUGGAGACCAACCCGGACGAGGGUUUAGCUAUCUAUGAGAUCCUGAGGGAGCUGGAGGCGCAGUGUCUGAGCGAGAUCUCAGCCAUGCUGAAUGGAGAGAUACCAGGAGACGAACUGGGCGACUUGUUUUUCGAUUGCGUGGACACAGAGAUUAAGUUCUACCAGUGAGGAGCGCCCUCAGGUGGACAUCCCUAGCGCUCGCACAGUUGCAGGAGAAGGCCCUGGGACUGACAAAAAGUCUGUGUUCCUGGUCUUUCGGGGCCUCCGCCUCAUUCACACAACACACAUCCCUGACACCAUUCCAUCAUUAACACAGACUAAAUGUCUAAACUGCACAUGUGAUUGGAGCAUAUUUAUCAUCUGUAUUACCCAGGGAGCAAUGGCUGCACCUCAUUAGUGAGUAUAAUGAUGUAGACUAUGUAGAGCUGUGUGAAGUUGCACAAAUACUGUGAGUACGCCAUUUUUGUUUAACAUUUUGUUUGUUGUUGCAAAUGUGGGUUGUCAUUUGAUGGCUACCUGUAGGAAAUGAUCUAAUAAAGAAUGUGCAUAGUC